GUUAGUGCGUUGCCAUGGGGUUUUGUCAAACCUAUUGACUGCAAUAGGGUCCUUGCUUUUCUUCUGAGUCUGUCUUUGUUAAAGGGGGAGGAGGAAGGACCCCCUACUACUUUUUUCCCCUUAAGUCUCGCAAAGGCGCGUGAGGAGGCAAGAGGAAAAGUAGGAGGAGGAGGGGAGCCGAAAGGAGCAACAGCAUCCAGGGGAGGUUGGAAAGGGAGGAGGAGGAGGAGACGCUGAGGUGUUCUGCUUUGGACCAACAGAUAAGGGAAGCGGCUCUACGUUUAACAGUCACACCUCCACCUCUUUCUGCCGCCGGUGGACGCAAAUCAACUUUGGGAAGGGCUGCGGCAUGAGACGCACCUGACGGUAGAGCAUCUUCGGCCAUACCCAGAAAUGAACUGAGGACACAAGGGACAGAACGCUUUGGUUGAUAAAGUCCUAAAUCUUGCAGUGAAACCAUGAGGUCACAAAGCCCAGGAUUGGCUGCCACGCUGAUGCUGUCGGUGAUCACCUGUAUUUGUGCCUUUCAUACAGCUACAGCCAUUGACAUUCCUCUUGAGGUUUUAGGUCAUGUAAACAUUGAGCAGCUGCCCACCAUCACAGAUCAGGCUCCCAGCACUCUCAUCGCCUUACCCUUUGAUGAGAGCUUCCCUAUGACGUGUGAGGCCAAAGGGAAUCCUGAGCCAGAAUUCCAAUGGAAAAAGAAUGGGGAAGAUUUUGACCCUUAUCUUGACCCCCGUCUGAUCAAAGAAGAGAAUUCUGGGACCUUUGUGAUACCUAAUAAUGGGAACCUCACAGAGUACCAGGGAAUCUAUCGAUGUUAUGCAUCAAACAAACUGGGGACGGCCAUAUCGAAGGAUAUAGAGUUCAUUGUGCCAAAUGUUCCAAAAUUCCCUAAAGAAAAUCUUGAACCUCUUGAAGUGGAAGAAGGCCAACCAUUUGUUCUUAAAUGUGACCCUCCCAGCGGCAUACCUCCUCUUCAGAUUUACUGGAUGACCAUCAAUCUUCAGCACAUUGAACAAGAUGAAAGGGUUUCCACCGGCCUGAAUGGAGACCUUUACUUCUCCCAUGCUGUGGAAAAGGAUAGCAGAAGGGACUACUGCUGCUUUGCUGCCUUCUCGAAGAUACGAACAAUCGUUCAGAAGAACGCCAUGUCUGUUAAAGUCAAGACAAGAAAAGGUGACAGUGCCAAUGCUAUUCUAGAGAGAAAACCCUCUCUUCUGACGCCCCCUGGUGACAGGUCGGAGAAACAGCUGGUCAAAGGAGAAAACUUAGAAUUGGAGUGUAUUCCAGAAGGAAUUCCAACUCCGCAAGUGGAAUGGAUGAAGGUAGGAGGUCAGCUUCCUGUUAAAGCAAAACUGGAGAACCACAAGAAACUGCUGAUUGUUCCGAGAGCAGAACAGGAGGACAGUGGGAAGUACAUGUGCAGAGCAAAAAACCUACUGGGAGAAGCUAUCCAUUACUUCACUGUGACAGUUGAAGGGCCUCCAGAGUGGGUGUCAGAGCCAGAGAGCCAGCUCAGUAUGAUCGGCUCAGAUGUGCAUAUAAAGUGCUCCGCUAGUGGGGUCCCAGAGCCAACCAUCACAUGGAGGGUGAACGGUGAACUUCUUCUUGAAUCCCCAGCACCCAAUAGGAAGUUACUUGGUGAUACCAUCAUUUUACACAAUGCUAAAGCUUCUGACAGUGCAGUCUAUCAGUGUGAGGCCUCCAACAGACACGGGACCCUUCUAUCCAAUGCCAACAUCAUGAUCAUGAAUCUACAGCCUAUGAUUCUGACCAAUAAUGGGGAAGAUUAUUCUACAGUGGAAGGGAAGGGUGUGAUAAUGCACUGUAAGGUCUUCAGUUCUCCUCCUUCAACAAUCACUUGGAGCAAAGAUGACCUAUCUGAAUCUGUUGACGGUCCCAGGUUCACAGUUCAUAACAAUGGUUCUCUGGAGAUCAACAGCGUGGAGGAAAGUGAUGCGGGACAGUACACGUGUCUGGCCAAAAAUACAGAGGGAUCAUCUGCCAUUGAUGCUAUGCUUUACAUAAAAGAUCCCACUAGAAUAGUGUUGGCCCCAGAGGACCUACAGAUCUUAAAAGGUACCACAGCUCGACUCUCCUGCCUGGCAGAGUACGACAAGUCCUUCAGCAAUGACUUUGAGCUCCUAUGGGAGAAAGAUAACACAGAAAUAGCACUCAACUACACUGAGGAUUCAAGUAGAUACAUUUUGGAGGAUAGUAAUCUUCACAUCGUCAAUGUUAGCCACAGCGAUCAGGGUGUGUAUAGGUGUGUGGCCAAGACUCCAUUGGACAGAGACACUGCCUCAGCCUCCCUCAAGGUGUUAGAUGUCCCUGAUGCUCCUGAGAACUUGGUACUUUCUGAGCUCAAGAGUAAAAGUGUGAAGCUAAAAUGGAUACCCGGGGAUGACCACAAUAGCCCACCCACAGAGUUCAUCGUUGAAUACGAGGAAAACAAGUGGGAGCCGGGAAACUGGAAGGAGCUGCUCCGAGUCCCUGGAAAUCACAAUUCUGCUGUCCUCAAACUCCACGGUCACAUCGAAUAUCGCUUCCGGGUGUACGCCGUCAGCGAUGUUGGGGCAGGGCCACCUAGUGCGCCCACAGAAAGAUACAAAACUCCCCCGUCAGCCCCUGACAAGAACCCAGAAAAUAUCAAAAUCGAAGGUCGUUUGCCACAUGAAAUGGAUAUCAACUGGGAGCCUCUGAUGCCUAUAGAGCACAAUGGCCCUGGUCUAGAGUAUAAGGUGAGCUACAGGCGACAGGAUGUGGAGGAAGACUGGAAGGAGCACACUGUGAAGAGGCACUCAUUUGUUGUUUGGAACACUCCCACAUUCGUUCCAUACGAAGUCAAGAUCCAAGCCAAGAACAAUCAAGGCUGGGGCCCAGAGCCCAGGAUUGUGAGUGGCUAUUCAGGAGAAGAUUUUCCCUCUGCUGCCCCUGAUGAUGUUGCUGUGGAGGUGAUGAACAGCUCAGCAGUCAAGGUUACCUGGACACGCGUACACAAGGACAAGCUGCAUGGACAUCUGGGAGGCUACAGGAUAAACUGGUGGCGUUUGCGCAGUCUGGUGGACUCGAAGAAAAGCCACGGAGACAAGCACUCCUUGACGUUCCCUGGGGACCGAACCCAUGCCACAGUGCCGGGCCUGACGCCCUUUUCUGAAUACAGCCUCAUCGUCAUGACCUUCAACGGGCGGGGUAACGGUCCAGGCAGCCAUCCAGUCAACUUCAAAACCCCAGAGGGAGUCCCAGAGAAAAAUUCAGAUUUCAGAGUCACUGAUGUAAAGAGGGAAUCUGUCUCUCUGGCCUGGGGCCCUCCUAUAGAGCCUAAUGGGAUUCUAACAGGGUACCUUCUGGAGUACCAACUGAUUAAUGACACGGAGGAAGUUGGGGCCCUACAGGCUGUUGACAUAAACAACCCUGACACCACUAAAUGGAUCUUGCGUGAGUUAGAGCCUCUGAGCAAAUACAAGUUCUAUCUCCGCUCCUGCACCGCAGUUGGCUGUGGGCCUGUCGUCAGUGAGGAGAGCAUCACCAAGCUGCAAUCAACAUCUUUUUCGGCCCCUACUGUUGGCAUCAGAAAGUCCCUUUCAACCACGAGCACUCCAAGGUCACAUGUAACCAAACCCACUCGUUCGAGCAUAGGUCUGGCUAGCAUCCACGGAGGAAUAUCCACCCAGGGCUGGUUUAUUGGUCUGAUGUGUGCCAUCGCUCUUCUCACACUCAUUGUGCUGAUCGCCUGCUUUGUCAAUAGAAAUAAAGGAGGAAAGUACUCUGUGAAAGAAAAAGAAGACCUUCAUCCAGACGUGGAAUCCCAGGGCAUGAAUGAUGACACAUUCUGUGAAUAUAGCGACAACGACGAGAAGCCACUGAAGGGCAGCCAACGCUCCCUUAGCAGGGAGAUCAAAGCAGCAGACAGCGGGGACAGCCUGGUGGACUACGGUGAUGAGGACGUUCAGUUCAACGAAGACGGCUCAUUUAUCGGCGAGUAUGGAAGCCGGAAGGAGAAGAGGGCAUCCACUGAGAUCAAAGCCCCGACUCAGACCACGGCGUGAGGAGCAGAUGAGCAUAUCAUCACAUUGACUCCAUUCCACCUUCUGGAGAAGCCACAUAUUGAGGAGCACAAUGACUUUAUCAAAUAAGAAACCACUUGUGUCAUAAACAGUCAUUGCCAACAGCACACUGCCACUCUCAUUCUUUAAAGCUCUGUUCUUUCAUGUUGCAACACGAGCAUUACUAAAUACCAUGUAUAUAUAGUGUAUAUUGUAUGUGCUAAGUGUUCCUUUUUUUUUAUAAUUAUCACAAAAACUUUAGAGGUCGUGAUUUGUUUUGUAUUAUUUCACCUCCAUAUUGGUGUUUUGAGCUGCACCCUGAUUUGUACAAAUGGUAAACUCUCCAUCGCUUUCCUCAUCAUGAAAUGAAUUUCUGCCACUGAUGUCACUGUGUAGCAGGCCACAGAUGAGUUGGUAUUUUUCAAGUGGAGAACUUAUUACUGACCUUUUAUAUUUGAAACUAUUCAUUAAAUAUGAUGUAAGCUGUGUAAAAAGUUUCCUAUUAACUUAUUUUUCUCAGUGGUUUUAUACCUUAUGAAAUAAUGAGAAAAUAUUUGUACCGCCGCAAGUAUCCUGAGUCAUGAGUCUAAAUCAGAAGCAUCAAAUAUUUUUUGUAAGAUGAUCACUGAUUUUUAUUUUUUUCAGGUAAGAUUUUAGACAUGUAAGUUUACAAGGGAACUCUUGGCCUGAGCCCAGUUUGCUCAGGAUUUUAAGGCAGCCAGUUCCAACUCAAGCAAACAAUGUUCAAAGCUACAGUGAGUGGUUAUUUAGUUUAACCUCUUGUUAAGACUGAAAUGAUAGUCUGAGGAUAUAGUCAGUCAAAAGAAAAGCCUGUAUGCGUCUGUAAUUUCAUUUUUUUUUAAUGUAUAAAUCCCUUUACUGUCCCCCAUCCCAUUGGGCUGCAGUGGGCUGCCAUUGUGUGGCGCCUGGGGUUAAGAUUUUUGCUUAGGAACCAGGAGGACAGGCUGUGGGGCUCAAACCAGGUACUGGCAACUUUUUUAGAGCACAAGUUCCCUGUUCUUACCACUAGGCCAACACUCCCACAGAGCUGUACAGUAUGUCACACCUGAAGUCUGCGUGUGUUUACUACAUGCCUUCUGAUCUGAAAGGUGCACUUACAGACAUUCAACACUGUUAGCAUAACCUAAAAUAUUUCACUUCCAAUGUCAGUGAGUUGAAAAAAUAUUUCUAUCCCUCAAUUCGUUCAUCUUUUAUGCUGUUCAACCACCAACCUUGGUAUGACUAAGUGGUAGUUUAUGUAAUAGAUGUUAACAAAAUGAGAAAAAGGUCUAUAUUUUUCAAAAAUUAUUACAAAUAAAAAUCUAACAUGUAGAAUGCACCUGCAUUCUCGAUGCUAUAGAAUCUUUUUGGGGCCUCAAUCAUUUGUAGAGUCCAACUGGUCUUCUUUCAGGAUUACCAACUAUUAAGACCUAACCAUCUUCCCAUGUUCACCGACAUGGUUUUCAUAUGGAAAAUUAUAUAAAUAGGGCAUAUUGUGCAACCUUUUGUAUCUGGGUCGAAAUAAGCUGAUGGUAGUGUGUUUAAGGUACCACACGGAUGGUAAAAUCCUGGCAGGUUGGCAGCUGCUCCAUAGUCAAAAUAUUUUCCAUAAUUGACCCAACAGAGAACAGUAAGAUUUUUAUAAGUCUCUCCACAGCACUUUCCUGGCCUGUCUGUUGUGUUUAGGUUUCCAUGUUGCUUCAUUAAUGUUCAUUAACAAACCUUUGAGAGCCUCAGAGAAAAGCUGAAUUAAAGGGGUUGAAUACAUAUGCAUGCCUUUUUUUCAAAUUAUGCACAUUAUUUCUAAUGCAUUUAAGUUUUCUGAUGUAACGUGACAAAAAGGCCAACAGUUACGGGGUUUGCCAAUUUUACGGGGAAGUUUAUUUGCCUAUUUGCAAACACACACACAAACACACACACAGUUUGAUGGGAUCAAAUUGCAAAUCUUAAGUGUCAACCUUGUGUCAUCAGUGCGUGCAGAAAACUUGAGACUGCUGACUGUAAUUUACAAUGUCUGGCAACAAAUGGAAAUGGAUCUGAUAAUUUGCAGCUAAUGCAUAACGUAUAAGUAUAUCUUUACAAGAUGUGAAACUUUCCUUGCAAAGUGUUCGUUCGUGCUACAUGCUAGGACAUUUUAAACAACAGAUUUUUUUUUACUUGGGUCAGACUUAAAAAACAUAAAUUUUUCUCUUAUCUGCAUUUUUUAUUCAUUCUCCAGUUUUAUUUCAACACACACUGGACCAAAAAGUCCUUAUAAUCUGAUAACUUUAUCUGGCAGCAUAUACUUGACAUUCAAAAGUUGCAGUAAUUUUCAGUUAAAUGUCCUAACAAGCCUUACACUACCAUGCAAACCACUGUUUUUCUCUUUUCAUAUUUCCAUUAACAAACAUGGACAUGGUUUGUAAAGAAUCGCCAUUGCAUGUUACAAAUAUCGAUUGAUAUUCUUUUUUAUGUCAUUAAAUUGCUUUACUUUCCUACAUUUGUGUUACUCUUCUGUCUGUCUGCUUUCAGUCAUCGCUGACCUGAGAUCAUGAAUCUUCCUGAAACCUUCAUUGCUAUUUGCAUUUCCAGGAUAUUAAUACCUCCAGAAACGAGUCUUUGCCCUUUUACCUGCAAAUUGAAAUGGAGAAAAAGCAACCACCUCAUUCCAUCUGAAUAAACUGCAGUUUGUUUGACAAGUUAUCCCACUGGAAGC